UGAAUGAAAAUGGAUAUGGAAACACCGAAAAACGUAAAAUUAAGUGCAUUUUAUAAACGUAGUUUUGCACAUUAUACAAUAAAAGAACGACUUCCUGUAAUAUUAACAAAAAUAAUUGAUUAUCUGGUGCGUGAAAAAGAAGAAAUUAGUAAAGAAUAUCAAACAGAUAUUAGUGAAGAUCUGAAAACAGUAAUUGGUGAAAUAUCAAAGUUAAAAUAUGAAAUCCAAACAAAUAAAGAAUUAAAACCAUUAACCGAUGUAAACGGACCAGAUGCAAAAAUAUGGAAUGACUAUCUCGUAGAACAAUCAAAAGAUGAAAUACCAACAUAUUUCAAUACUACCUGGUUAUAUGCUGAAUGCUAUGUAUACCGACGAUUAAAAGACAUAUUUGAUUGUACGUUACUCAAAAAUUUUGAUCCAUUUCGAAAUCAAAAGCAAGAUGCAUAUUUUACAUCUCAUGACGCAAUGACUUUAGUAUCUGAAUUUUUAGUUUAUCAAUUACACAAAUGUUUAAGAAAAGAUGAAGAAUUAGAAAUAUUCUUUAAAAAGUUAAUGAAAUUGUGUUUGUGGGGUAACAAAUGUGAUUUAUCGUUAUCAUUGGGUGCGGAAUCAUCACAAAAACAAGAUCCAUUAGACGAAUUAGAUAGUUUAGAUAAAUUUAUUAUUGUGGACCACAUUGACGAUAUUUGGAAAGUUUUAAAUACGUUCUGUGCUGGAACAAUUACUAUUGUAACAGAUAAUGCUGGUUAUGAAUUGUUUACCGAUUUGUGUUUAGCUGAUUUUUUAAUUACUUCCAAUUAUGCAUCGCAAGUACAUUUUCGUGUGAAAGCAAUGCCAUGGUUUAUCUCCGAUGUAAUGCCAAAAGAUUUUAAUUGGUUAAUCGAUACUGCUUGUAAAAGUGCCGAUGAAAAUGUAGCAAUGUUAGGGAAACGUUGGUUGGAUUAUCAGAUAAAUGGUAAAUUUUUAAUGCAAUCGGAUGUAUUUUGGACACUUCCUCACGCAUACGCUGAAAUGAAAAACGUAGACAGUGAAUUAUAUACGGAUUUAUCAAAAUCGAAUUUGAUUAUAUUCAAAGGUGAUUUAAAUUAUAGAAAAUUAUUGGGCGAUAUUAAUUGGGAAACUACUACUUGCUUCCAUGAUAGUUUAAGAGGUUUCAAUCCAACUGAUUUAUGUGCGUUAAGAACACUAAAAGCAGAUUUGGUUAGUGGACUGAAACCUGGGGAUGAGGAACGUUUACAAAAAGAAUCAUCUGAGUGGUUAAUAUCUGGAGAAUAUGGAGUUAUACAAUACGAUCCAAAUUGUGAAUGUAUAUAGUUAAUUACAUAGAGAAGCAAAGAUAGUGAAAUAUUAAAAAAAAAAAAAAAAAAUGAAAAGUCUAUUUAUUGCCAUGAUUUAAAUAACACAGGUCUGCAAAAAAAAAUUUUUGUCAGCUGCAUAAGAUAUUUUUACUAAAUUAUAUGUUUUAGAAUGCGCUGAUUUCAGAAGUGAUGGCCAUUUUUUUUCAAUCACGUAAGGUUUUUUUGCAAAUUCAAAAACAAAAAAUUGGUAAAAACACUCGUUUAUUAAAAAUUAUACAGUAGUCUGCAAGCAUAAUGACAUCCCAUCUUCCUUGGUACCGUCUCUCGAUAUCGCGGACAUCCUGGUGAAACCGCUCCCCCUGUUCUUCACUGUAAGCUCCCAGGUUUUCAUGAAAAUAGUCUAUGUGGGAGUGUAAAAAAAGGACCUUCAGGCUUAUCUUGCAGCCUUGAGCUUCGUAUGCUGCUAAUUGAACAAUGGUUUCCCGAAAACUUUCGCACUACAUCCUUGAACGAUACCCAAGCUUCUUUUUCCUUUUCAUUCAUACUUUCCACAAAAUGGGAGUCGGUUAAAAGCCUUCUUAUGUCGGGGCCAGUGAAAACUCCCUCUUUGAAAUUUGCUUCUGACAGCUUCGGGAAUUUUGUACAUAGAUAUUUAAAACAGUCUCCACCCUCUUGCAGUGAUUUUACAAAUUGUUUCAUCAAUCCGAAUUUGAUAUGGAGAGGUGGCAACAAAACUUUUUCUGGUGGCACCAAAGUAGUAUUGAUAACAUUUUUAUCUCCAGGUUUUAAAGUUUCUCGGGGUGGCCAAUCACAUUUAGUCCAAUGCUGUUCUCUGGCCCUACUAUCCCAUAAGCAUAAGAAGCAAGGGUAUUUAGUAUAGCCUGUCUGCUGACCCAAAAGAUUCGUGAGUAUUUUGAAGUCCCUACAAACCAUCUAUUAAUGGUCCUGAUAUUUGAUUCUUUCCAGGAUAAUGGCCAAAUUGUUAUAGUAAGUUUUCUUCCAUAUGCACAGAAUAAACAACCCAUUGGAAGCGAGGCUAAUUUAUUUUUAUUGUGCAAUAAUACUAC